AUGAGUAUAGCCCCAGCGGACAGUGUGAUUCGAGAUGAGGAGAUAAUAGUAUAUGGAGGUGAAACGAAGAUAACGAGUUUCUUUGAUUAUCCAUUUAAAGAUGAAUUAUUAGAUGGCAUUGCAUCGAUGCACUAUGAGAAACCGUCGAAGAUCCAAGAAUUUGCGAUACCGAUUUUAUUAAAAGGAAAAGACUUAGUGAUGCAAUCGCAGUCGGGGAGUGGGAAGACUAUGGCAUUUCUCUUAAGUGCACUUCAAAAGAUUGAUUAUACAACUCCACAGUGUCAAGUAGUGAUUAUAUUGAAUACACGAGAGCUGACUCGUCAAACUGCAGAUGUCUUUGAUUUAUUAACAGAACAAAUUGAAACAGCCACUCGACUGAUAUGUCUUCCGGGAUAUGAGAUCCAAGACACGUGCGCACAGUUUUACAUAGGCACUGCGUUGUCGGUUCAAAAAGCGAUGAUGCAGGGAAUGGAGGAACAAAAGUUCAAUCCAAAUGAUGUCAAAUUUUUCAUUGUCGACGAAGCCGACGCGAUAUUGGACGACACUCCUAUGGACGCAACUACUAUGACCCCCUAUACAUGUCUGAAGAACAUUAAACAAAUUCUUCCAACGACAGUGCAAACGAUAUUGGUCUCUGCUACACACCCACAGAACAUGGCGCGCCUCGAGAAGUACUUUGUGAAGAGUGACCACGCGACUAUUCUUAUUAAUCAAGAUGAAGUUCCUAAAAGCAUUCGACAGCUCUUUGUGGUUUCGCCGUUGAAUCAAAGAGCCCAAAAUCUGUUGGAAGUCGUCAAAGUCCUGUCGAGAGUCAAUCCAUCACAAAACUCAGUUGAUGUCCUCGAAAUGGGAGUCGGCCAAGCUAUCAUCUUUGUUAAUAGAAAAGAAGAAGCGGUGAUGCUCUGCCAAUUUCUUAAUACUAAUGGAAUCCCUUCGGGUAUUUUGAUGAGCGGUGACAACACUAUGAGAGAUGAUAUGAUCGACGCAUUCAGAGGAUUCAAAAUAAGGUACUUAAUCACUACCGAUGUUAUCGCAAGAGGUAUCGAUAUCUUAACAGUCAACUUCGUAGUCAAUUUCUCAAUACCCGUUUCUUACCCAACUAAGUGCUUCGACGUCACUACAUACAUCCACAGAGUAGGAAGAACAGGUAGAAUAGGGAUGAAAGGGAUCGCUUUGAGCUUUUUAGACCCAAGCCAGAAAAAGGAAUUUGUGGACAAAACCAGACAAAACAUGUUCGAGGUUGAUGAGUUCUCGAUGAGCCUUGUCGACCAAAUUCCUAAGUUCCUCCUUGCAAACGAACAACACAACAAAGAGAUCAGAGAUAAAUACGGCGAAGAGAACUUAACUUUUUAA